AUAAUAUUAAACACAUGGUGGUGGCUCAGCCGUCUGGUUCCGGUGGUGGUCGUGGCGGUGGUCGUGGUGGAGGAGGAGGGAUGAAAGAAUUUACAAGCUUGAGCCUCCAAGUCAUCACCGGCCGGUGGUUCAUGGUGUUUGCUUGCCUUCUCAUCAUGUCAGUCGCCGGAGCCACCUACAUAUUUGCUUUAUACUCCGGCGACAUCAAAACCUCCCUUGGAUAUGAUCAAAGCACCCUUAAUCUCCUUAGCACCUUCAAAGAUUUGGGUGGCAAUGUCGGCGUCAUCUCCGGUUUAAUAAACGAAAUCUCACCGCCGUGGGUGGUGCUCCUCCUUGGCGCCGCCAUGAACUUCUCUGGGUACUUCAUGAUUUGGUUGGCGGUCACCGGAAAAAUCGCGAAACCACCGGUUUGGCAAAUGUGUUUGUUCAUUUGCAUUGGUGCAAACUCACAGACUUUUGCUAACACCGGAGCUCUGGUAACUUGUGUCAAGAACUUCCCGGAAAGCCGAGGGGUGGUUUUGGGGCUUUUGAAGGGUUUUGUAGGGUUAAGUGGUGCAAUCAUCACUCAAUUAUAUCAUGGUUUUUAUGGGCAUGAUCCAAAAUCGUUGAUUUUGUUCAUCGGAUGGCUUCCGGCGGCUGUUUCCGUCGUCUUCCUUCGAAUCGUUAGGGUUUUAAAGGUUUUCCGGCAAACAAAUGAACUGAAAACUUUCUAUAAUUUUCUGUAUAUUUCAUUAGGGUUAGCAGGGUUUCUUAUGGUGAUCAUCAUAACUCAAAACAAGCUUCAGUUUUCAAACGUUGCUUAUGCAACCACUGCUUCAGUUGUUGCCGUUUUACUCUUUGCACCCUUGAGUAUCGUUUUUAAAGAAGAAUUCAAGCUUUGGAAAAGAAGACAAGAGGUGGUUAAUCAGUUUCCGGUGAAAGUAACCACCGAGAACCCACCCAUGGCCACCACAACUGAUUCGUCGGCCGCCCCCACCCCACCACCAGAAACUUCAGUUUCUUGCUGGAAAACCGUUUUCACUCCACCGGAAAGAGGAGAAGACUUCACUAUCUUACAAGCCGUUUUCAGCAUUGACAUGCUUAUACUAUUCACCACCACCACCUUCGGCGUUGGCGGAACCCUAACCGCCAUCGACAAUCUCGGCCAAAUCGGUCGGUCUCUCGGAUACCCGAAAACCAGUAUCACCACCUUCGUCUCCCUGGUGAGUAUCUGGAACUAUUUGGGUCGGGUCGCAUCGGGUUUCGUCUCAGAAAUCUUGUUAGCCAAAUACAAAUUCCCACGGCCAUUGAUGCUGACGUUGGUGCUGUGUGUUUCUUGCGUGGGUCAUCUCUUAAUUGCUUUUGGCGUUCCCAAUGGGCUCUACGUUUCAUCCAUCAUAAUGGGUUUUUGUUUUGGUGCUCAAUGGCCAUUAAUUUUCGCAAUUAUAUCGGAAAUAUUCGGGUUAAAAUACUACUCGACGUUGUACAAUUUGGGGGGCGGUGCGAGCCCCGUGGGGGCGUACAUCCUCAACGUGGUGGUGGCGGGACGGCUUUACGACAAGGAGGCGGAAAGACAAAUGAGAGCCCGUGGAAUGGUUCGAAAAGAGGGGCAAGAUCUCAGUUGCAUUGGAGUAGAGUGUUAUAAAAUGUCGUUUUUGAUUAUAACGGUUGCAACGGUGUUUGCGUGUUUUAUUUCGUUCGUUUUAGUGAUUCGAACGAAAAAAUUCUACCAUGGUGAUAUCUACAAGAAGUUUCGAGACGCCCCAGAUGUGGCAACUGCUCAUACUGAGAUGGUGGUUCAGCCUGGGACCGCCAAAGAUCCACCGAUACAACCGUCGGACAGAAAAAUAGGGGAGGAACACAAUAAUUGAGAUAUAUCAUAGAGGAAAAUGAAAAGAAAGGCAAUAUAUCACGUUAUAGAACUUGUUCAUCGGGUCACUUUGUACUUAACUCGACUAAUUUCAGUUAUCUUAAAGUUAAUAAUCAAACGAACGUUUAAUGUCCCUAAUCAAACUAGGGACCACCGAAAAGCAAAUAUAUUAUCUUAUCACUUGAGCUAUCUUUA